AUGUCCUCGUCGCCUUUGCGCCCCGGCGCAGACCUCAAGGAGCAGCUGGAAUGGUACAAGGUCCAGUAUGCUCAGCUCGAGACUGAUCUCGCCGACUUCCAGGCUUCGAGCAAGGAAUUGGAAGAGCAACUCGAGAAGGAUGUCGUGACCGCGGAAAAGAACGAGCUCAAAUGGAAGCAGCAGGUGGAGAAGCUGACUUCAGAGGUGGAAGAAUGGAAGGAAAAACACAAGAAAGCAAAGGCAGAGGCGAACACGGCGCAAAACACGCUGCAGAAAGAGAUCACUACAAUGCGCGAGCAAAACCUCGCUCUGCAGCUGAGAUUAAGGGAUACGGAAGUCAUGAAUGAUGAUUAUGAACAACAAAAACGAUACACCGAGACAAGCUUGGAAGAUCUGGAGAGCAAGUACAAUACCGCCAUCGAGCGCGGAGUGCUUUUCGAGGAGACGAUCAAACAGAGCGAGCAAGAGCGGGAAGAACUGCGGAUAGAAACCCAGCGGUUAAGGAACGACUUGAGUGACCUCAAAGUCGAGAGCGACAUCAACGUGGAGAAGCUGCGGGCCGCGGAGGAGCAAAUCGAGAGCUUGAGGGCAAGGAAACCGACGUCGCUAGCUGUGGAAACACUGCGUGCCAGGAGUCCGGCGAGUGAAGCAAGCGGUAUGACUGCUCUGUCGCCCACCGCGUCCACACCACCGCCCAAAUCUGACUCGUUGUCAGAAGUCGCAACACCACCUUCGCCUCCACUGUCAGACACACCCGCUGUUGCCAAGACGGAGCAGAAGACACCUUCACUGGUCCGGAAGAAGGCAAUGAUUCCUGACUCAAGGACACCGCGACCUUCAUUCUACGGCGCGAGAGCACAGCCCAGUCACGCACGCGGAGUAUCUGUCACAUCGAGUACGAGCACUGCACUCACGGAUGGAAAGUCGAUGCGACCAUCAGGGCUACGGCCUCCACGUGUCUCUCGAGCUGCGCAGGAUUCACUGCCACGGUCGGAGUCGCUUUACCAGAUCCGUGGACUGAUUGGCAGGAUGCAGAAGAUCGAGGAACGUGUUCACUCCGCGCGCUCGAAGCUACCAGCGCCUGGACGUACACCAACGGGCUCUCCACGAGCUGGCUCAGCUUUGGGCGAAAACAUUCCUUCAUCAGUCACGGUGCGGCGAAGUAUGAAACGACCCAGUGGAAGCAUGGCGUCGUCUGGACUGCGUGAUGAAGAGACAGACACGUCAACAGCUGACAGCAGCCGUCGCGACAGCCACCGACCAGACCGGCCUCCCUCCGCCAUGGAUCGACCUCCAUUUGCAAUGGAUCGACCAGCGUCCGCUAUGAGCCGCCCCUCUAGCCGCGCAUCCAUAUCAGGCCGCCCUGCCAGCCGCUCCGGCGCGCGGACCGAAAUGGGAAAUUACUCUUCCGCCACCCAAGCCAGCAGCAAUAUGGCAUCCCGACCGCGAUCAAGCAUGACAGGGGCCUACGGUACGAUACCGCGCGGCCAUAAGACGACUGCCAGCUUCAGCGAGCUUCAUCGACGGGCUGCUGCUGACAGUGAUGAUACCGCGACACCGAACAGGAGGACGACGCUCGAGAGGAGUGGCAUUCCACCGCCACCUUCGGCGCUUCCGACGCCGAAGAGAGAGGGAGGAAGUCCGAGGCGGGACGGAGGCAUGGGCCCACCGCCGAGUCGGAAACAGCGGGUGAGCGAUGUGGGAGAGACGUAUUGA